UUGAUAUUCUUCAUUUUUACUGAAAUAGCCACUUAUUUUGUUCAAUCUUUGAUAAUGAAAUCCACAAAAAGAACACCAAAGAAUUCUUCCGUCAGAUUGUACCCUGUUGGGGUUCGAAAGAGAAAAAACGGAAAAUUUUGUGCUGAAAUUAAACACCCAUUUAACAAAAAAAUAAUUUGGUUGGGUACUUUUAUCACUGCCGAAGAAGCUUAUGAAAGUUACAAGUCCAAGAAGUUUGAGUUUGAAGAACUACUGAUGGCUAAAAGUGCAAAAAAUGGCCAGAAAAUAGAGAAUUCUGAUCAAGAAUCAUCUUCUAGUAAUUAUUCAUUUAUGGAUGUUGCUGAAAAAAAAGAUUCAUCAAAUGGGGUUGAAGAAAAAACAAUUUUUUUUGUGGAGGAAAAACAAGAAUCUUGUUCUAGUGAUGAAUCAUUAAUGAGUGAUGCUAAGAAUAAAGAUUCAUCAAAUGGGGUUGAAGAAAACAACAAUAUUUUUGCUGGGGAAAAACGAGAAAUUGGGAAUGAGAGUGAUGAAGAAUUUUUGAUGGGUUAUUGGGUGCAAAUUUCAAAUGCUUCUACCCUGCAAAUUUCAAAUGGUAGAGAGGUUAAAAUUUCAAUGAAAUUGGGGGUUCCAAUUGUGGAUAAUUACGGGUUUUUGUUGGGUGAAUUUAGUGUUUUGGAUGAUCUUCGUAUAUAUAGGUGAUAAUGUAUAGAUAUUCUGUCCAGAAGUAGCAAUUUGUAACUAUUGGUUGGGAGGAGGGGAUUACAAACUUUGUAUUUAGAAACUUGCACGGACUUUUUGUCCUUAUAUAUAUAUUGCUAUAGCAAUUUUUGUCAAAUCAAUGAUUUACUGCUCAAUGAAUUGUUUAUGAAUGUGGGAGAAUUGCAAUUUUGUUCUCCGAUGUUAAUUAGGUACUCUUUUUUUCAAAGGUUGAUAGUUUGGAACUCUUUAUUCCUUUUUUCCCUUUUCAUUGAAUUGAUUGAAAACCUAUUCCAUGACUGAUUCCUCCUCAUUUACUAGCAGGCCUACUCUUUGUGCCAGCUUUGCCCUACUAUUUUUAUUUUAUUUUCUCGUUUGUUCUAUUUUUUAUUUUUCAAACAAGAAAGCAAUAGCUGUGAUCGUGCUAAUUUUUUUUUUCUUUUUUUUUUUUUUGCGCGG